GGGUCUGGCCUCGGCCGGGGGCGAAGGUAGAUCGGCGGGGCCGCCAGCGGAGGGAGGGAGGCCCGCGGCAGCGCGGCGGCGGCGAAGGCCAGCUUCCGCGGAGUUUGUGCCCGGGCUUCCCGGGCUCCGGCAGCCUCAAGCGCACAAAUGGGGCUAGGGGAUUGACUGGGUCGGCGUGGCCAAGGACGGCUAGUCUCGGAGGGAAAGUAGCCACCAGUCCAACUCGGGUCGCCCCCACUAUUACUUCGGGGGAGUGGCCACAGCAGGUCCUAGCUGGUGGUGAGUGGCUGUCAUGAUCUCUACAGCACCGCUCUACAGCGGCGUGCACAACUGGACCAGUUCUGACCGGAUUCGCAUGUGUGGCAUCAACGAGGAGAGCAGUCAUUGCCAGCAGUGGAACCCUCCCACUUCUGCCAGCCUAGAUGCCUUUUAAAGGGAACAAGCCUUUCCCCCCGGUUAGUCCCUUCUGGAGCCCUGAAAAGAUGGGGAGAGGCCCACGGUGAUCCCCUUGCCUUUUUUGCUUCUCUUGCCCCAGAAGAGCACCUCUUUCUGAUGAGGAGUCCACGACAGGUGACUGCCAGCGCUUUGGAUCUCAGGAGUUUUGUGUCAGCAGUUUUUCCAAGGUGGAGCUCACGGCAGUUGGAAGUGGCAGCAAUGCCCGGGGGGCAGACCCAGAUGGCAGUGCAACAGAAAAACUUGGGCACAAGUCAGAAGACAGGCCUGAUGACGCCCAGCCGAAAAUGGACUAUACUGGGAAUGUGGCAGAGGCAGGGGGCCCCUUGGUGUCACUGAGCAGCCCGGGAGAGGGGCUCAAGCUUCCCACUUCCGACGGCCUGGAGGCCAGCAACGGCACGGCGGACUGCUCCUGGACGCCCCUCAGCACCCAAAUGAGCAAACAGGUGGACUGCUCGCCAGCUGGGGCGAAGGCUUUGGACUCUCGGCAGGGUGUCGGGGAGAAGAAUACUUUCAUUUUGGCAACUCUAGGAACUGGCGUCCCCGUGGAGGGCACCCUGCCUCUGGUUACCACUAACUUCAGUCCGCUGCCAGCCCCCAUCUGCCCCCCGGCUCCCAGUUCAGCCUCUGUCCCCCCAUCUGUUCCAGAUCCAUUCCAGGUCCCCCUCUCCGUCCCCGCCCCAGUGCCCCAUUCCGGGCUCGUUCCCGUCCAGGUUGCCACUUCGGUUCCGGCCCCUUCCCCUCCCUUAGCACCAGUCCCGGCUCUGGCUCCGGCGCCACCAUCAGUGCCCACACUCAUCUCCGAUUCGAGCCCUCUUUCGGUUUCGGCCUCAGUCUUGGUGCCCGUGCCAGCUUCUGCUCCCCCGUCGGGCCCCGUCCCCCUGUCGGCUCCGGCCCCUACCCCCAUCUCAGUCCCAGUUUCAGCUCCUCCCUUGGCUCUGAUCCAGGCUCCCGUGCCCCCUUCGGCUCCGACCCUGGUCCUCGCACCUGUCCCCACUCCAGUUCUGGCUCCGAUGCCGGCGUCCACGCCUCCGGCAGCUCCCGCCCCUCUGUCGGUGCCGAUGCCCACCCCGACCCCGUCCUCUGGCCCGCCUUCUACCCCCACCCUCAUCCCUGCCUUUGCUCCCACGCCGGUGCCUGCACCCACCCCAGCCCCAAUCUUCACUCCAGCCCCCACGCCCAUGCCGGCUGCCACGCCCACUGCCGUUCCCACCUCUGCACCUAUCCCGGCGUCCUUUAGUUUGAGUCGAGUGUGUUUUCCUGCAGCUCAGGCACCAGCUAUGCAAAAAGUCCCCCUGUCCUUUCAGCCAGGGACAGUGCUGACCCCAAGCCAGCCGCUGGUCUAUAUCCCGCCUCCAAGCUGUGGGCAGCCACUCAGCGUGGCCACACUGCCAACCACCCUGGGAGUCUCCUCCACCCUUACACUCCCUGUCCUGCCAUCCUACCUGCAGGACAGGUGUCUCCCUGGGGUGCUGGCCUCCCCAGAGCUGCGGUCUUACCCAUAUGCAUUUUCUGUGGCCCGGCCUCUGACUUCGGAGUCCAAGCUGGUCUCUCUGGAGGUGAACAGGCUCCCCUGCGCUUCCCCGUCCAGCAGCACCAGCACCCAGCCGGCACCCGAUGGGGUCCCCGGGCCUUUGGCAGAUACUUCCCUCUCCACUGCUUCUGCCAAGGUGCUUCCACCACCACAGCCUCUGCUGCCAGCCCCCAGCGUGAGCUCAGCCCCACCGCAUCCUGCCAAGAUGCCAGGUGGCAACGAGCAACAAACAGAAGGGACUUCCGUCACUUUCUCUCCCCUCAAGUCACCUCCACAGCUGGAGCGAGAGAUGGCCUCUCCGCCCGAGUGCAGUGAGAUGCCCCUGGACCUCUCCUCCAAGUCCAACCGGCAGAAGCUCCCGUUGCCGAACCAACGCAAGACGCCUCCCAUGCCCGUGUUGACCCCCGUGCACACCAGCAGCAAGGCCCUCCUCUCCACGGUCCUGUCUAGGUCCCAGCGCACAACCCAGGCUGCCGGCAGCAAUGUCACCUCAUGCCUGGGCUCCACUUCCUCGCCCUUCGUCAUCUUUCCUGAGAUCGUGAGGAACGGGGACCCAAGCACCUGGGUGAAGAACUCCACUGCGCUGAUCAGCACCAUUCCCGGCACCUACGUGGGAGUGGCCAACCCAGUGCCUGCAUCCCUCCUGCUGAACAAAGACCCCAACCUGGGCCUCAACCGAGACCCCCGCCAUCUCCCCAAGCAGGAGCCCAUCUCUAUCAUCGAUCAAGGAGAGCCCAAGAGCACUGGUGCCCCCUGUGGCAAGAAGGGCAGCCAGGCUGGGACUGAGGGACAGCCAAGCACAGUCAAGCGUUACACCCCAGCCCGCAUCGCCCCUGGGCUGCCGGGCUGCCAAACCAAGGAGCUCUCCCUCUGGAAGCCCACGGGGCCAGCAAAUAUUUACCCACGGUGUUCAGUCAACGGGAAACCCACCAGCACCCAGGUCCUGCCUGUUGGCUGGUCACCAUACCACCAGGCGUCUCUGCUUUCCAUCGGCAUUUCCAGUGCCGGGCAGCUGACCCCCAGCCAGGGGGUGCCCAUCAGGCCCACCAGCGUCGUUUCUGAGUUUUCUGGUGUGCCGUCCCUUGGCCCUGGUGAAGCUGUGCAUGGACUUCCCGAGGGGCAGCCACGGCCCGGGGGCCCCUUUGCUCCAGAGCAGGACACGGGCACAAAGAACAAAACUUGCCGAAUUGCUGCCAAGCCUUACGAGGAACAAGUGAACCCUGUCCUCCUGACGCUCAGCCCUCAGACAGGGACCCUGGCACUGUCUGUGCAGCCUAGCAGUGGGGACCUGAGAGUGAAUCAGGGGCCUGAGGAAUCAGAGAGCCACCUCUGCCCCGACAGCACUCCUAAGCUGGAAGGCCCCCAGGGGGCUUGCGGCCUGAAGCUGGCAGGAGACACGAAGCCUAAGAACCAAGUGCUGGCCACCUAUAUGUCCCAUGAGCUGGUCCUGGCCACCCCCCAGAACCUGCACAAGAUGCCCGAGCUGCCUUUGCUACCUCAUGACAGCCACCCCAAGGAACUCAUCUUGGACGUGGUCCCGAGCGGCAAGAGGGCCUCCAGCACAGACCUUUCACAGCUCGGAAGCCAGGUGGACCUGGGGCGGGUGAAAAUGGAGAAGGUGGAUGGUGAUGUGGUCUUCAAUUUAGCCACCUGCUUCCGGGCCGAUGGCCUCCCAGCAGCUACCCAGAGGGGCCAAGCUGAAGUGCGGAGUAAGGCCGGGCAGGCUCGAGUGAAACAGGAAAGUGUAGGUGUCUUUCCUUGCAAGAACAAGUGGCAGCCAGACUCGGUGGUGACCGAUGGGGUGACCGAAUCUCUGCCGCCCAAGAAAAUGAAGUGUGGCAAAGAGAAGGAUGGUGAGGAGCAGCAGCCACAAGCCAAGGUUAUGGUCCGGAGUUCCCAUGGACCCAAGUGCCGGAAGCCACCUAGUGACCCCCAGGAACCCACCAAGAAAAGCUCCAGGGGGGCUUCAGAUUCAGGAAAAGAGCACAAUGGAGUCAGGGUAAAGCACAAGCACCGGAAGCCAACAAAGCCAGAGUCCCAGUCUCCAGGAAAACGAGCCGAUGGCCACGAGGAAGGUUCCUUGGAGAAGAAGGCAAAGAGCAGUUUCCGUGACUUCAUCCCCGUGGUCCUGAGCACCCGGACGCGCAGUCAGUCUGGAAGCAUCUGUAGCUCCUUUGCUGGUAUGGCAGACAGUGACAUGGGAAGCCAGGAAGUCUUCCCCACCGAGGAGGAAGAGGAGGUGACCCCCACCCCGGCCAAGCGUCGCAAGGUGAGAAAGACCCAACGGGACACCCAGUAUCGCAGCCACCAUGCCCAGGACAAGACCCUGCUGAGCCAGGGCCGCAGGCACCUGUGGCGAGCCCGAGAGAUGCCCUGGAGGACAGAGGCUGCCCGGCAAAUGUGGGACACCAACGAGGAGGAGGAGGAAGACGAGGAGGAGGGCCUGGUGAAGAGGAAGAAACGGAGACGGCAGAAGAGCCGAAAAUAUCAGACUGGGGAGUACCUGACUGAACAAGAAGAAGAGCAGCGGCGGAAAGGGAGAGCAGAUUUAAAGGCCCGUAAGCAGAAGACUUCCUCCCAAAGUUCGGAGCACCACCUCAGGAACAGGAACCUUCUCUUGCCCAACAAAGCCCAGGGGAUUUCAGAUUCACCAAAUGGUUUCCUCCCAAAUAACCUAGAGGAGCCAGCCUGCCUUGAAAAUUCAGAAAAGCCAUCAGGAAAACGAAAGUGCAAGACCAAGCACAUGACGACGGUCUCAGAAGAGGCAAAGGGCAAAGGGCGUUGGAGCCAGCAGAAGACACGCUCUCCCAAAUCUCCCACCCCAGCGAGACCCACAGAACCAUGCACGCCCUCGAAGUCCCGAAGUGCUGGCCCAGAGGAGGCCUCCGAGUCACCUGCAGCCCGGCAGAUCCCCCCAGAGGCUCGUCGGCUCAUAGUGAACAAAAAUGCUGGCGAGACCCUCCUGCAGCGGGCGGCCCGUCUUGGCUAUAAGGACGUUGUUCUCUACUGCCUCCAGAAAGACAGUGAAGAUGUGAAUCACCGUGACAACGCUGGCUACACGGCCCUGCACGAGGCCUGCUCCCGGGGCUGGACUGACAUCCUGAACAUCCUGCUGGAGCACGGUGCCAACGUAAACUGCAGCGCGCAGGACGGCACAAGGCCAGUUCAUGAUGCGGUGGUCAACGACAACCUGGAAACCAUCUGGCUCUUGCUGUCCUACGGGGCUGACCCCACGCUGGCCACCUACUCGGGACAGACGGCCAUGAAGCUGGCCAGCAGCGACACCAUGAAGCGCUUUCUGAGCGAUCACCUCUUGGAUCUUCAGGGCCGGGCAGAGGGUGAUCCUGGCAUUUCCUGGGACUUUUACAGCAGUUCUGUGUUGGAGGAAAAAGAAGGGUUUGCCUGUGACCUCCUACAUAAUCCUCCUGGGAGCUCCGAUCAAGAAGGAGAUGAUGUGGAAGAGGAUGAUUUUAUGUUCGAGUUCUCAGACAAGCCUCUUCUCCCUUGCUACAACCUCCAGGUGUCAGUGUCCCGCGGGCCCUGCAACUGGUUUCUCUUUACCGACGUCCUGAAGAGGCUGAAGCUUUCCUCGAGGAUCUUUCAGGCUCGGUUCCCGCACUUUGAAAUCGCCACCUUGCCCAAGGCCGAGUUCUACCGGCAGGUGGCCUCCAGUCAGCUGCUGACCCCCGCCGAGUGGCCUGGAGGCAUGGACGCCACCUCCGCCCCGGGCUCCUCUGAGACUGUGGAGCUGGUGCGGUACGAGGCGGAGCUGCUUCGGCUCCUAGGGUCUGAGGUGGAGUUCCAGCCUUGGAACAGUUGACCGGGAAAACAGCCCCUCCCUUUUCUUCUUUCUCCUCCCAAGUUCACCCUUCCCCCACCUCCCAUGUCUUUCCCCCACCGAGCACCAGACUGCAGAAAGAGGCAAUAAUACGGACCAACAAGAAGCCGCCUUAUCAAUGCCAGCAUUAGUGACUGGAUUGUUUUUUGUUUUUUGUUUGGUUACAGUUAGUUCUCAUCUCCCUGUCAUCGUCAUUGUUGUCGUGGUUGGUGACGGGGGUGGAAAGUUGAACUCCACGUCUGAGGACAAGAGGUCCCAGGGGUGGUGGGAGGUGGCGCCAGGGUCCCUUGGACUGGCCUCCUUGUGUGUGACCAAGACCAAACCUGGGCCCUGGGUGGCCACGGGCUGUCCGGAGGAGAAAUGAGAAAAGCCCAAAUCUCUGAGCGCCCCCUCUGUUCCCCUGUGUUCUUUUGUCUUCCAUAGUAUUUAUUUUAUUAGUAUUUAAUUUGUAUUGUUUCAUUGGUUUCUGAUAAGUCUGUAUCACUGUGACGAUUUGAGACAACUUGUUGUAUUGAGGGACUUUCUUCACCUCCUUUCUUUGUCUUUCUCGAUUAAGCUCUGAAGCUGUUCCCUCCCUCUGAAAAAGUUACUCCCAGGUUUUUUUCCACCACUG